GGAGGCGGCGGCGGAGGCGAAGGGAGGGAGGCGGGGAGAAAAGAAUGGCAGCAGCCGAGGAACCCGGAGCGGCACCAGCAACAGGGAGCAGCAAGGCCGGCGAAGGGGAGCCGGCGUCGUCUUUCCAGAGCCGCCUGUGGAGGAGCCUGCAGCUGGGGGGCAAAGGGGGGGGCUGACGACCCGCCCGCCUCUCCUUCCUCGACCUCUUCGGCGGCUGCCCCCGAAAAGGAACGGGUAGUAGGCGGAGAUGGAGCCCUCAAAGCCGAGGCGCGGGAGAAGCCUCCGCAGCCGCCCCGACUCGGAGCUCACCUGUCCCAUCAGAAGAGCUCUUCUCUGCCCGGCAACACCACCUGCCUGGAGCAGUUGCUUGAAGACGCGCCCGCCAAGGGCAAAGCCAAGGGACCGGAGGGCAGCAGCAGCCCGUCAGGAAGCCCUCGUUCUUCGAAGCUAUUACAGAGAUUUGGGACAAGUAAUGUAGAAUUACCACCUGCUGAACCAGGAAUGUACCAGUUGGAUAUUACAUUAAGACGAGGUACUAAUUUAGCAGCUCGUGAUCGAAGAGGAACAAGUGAUCCAUAUGUCAAAUUUAAACUUGGCGGAAAAGAAAUCUUUAGAAGUAAAACAAUCAGUAAGAAUCUUAAUCCUGUAUGGGAGGAAAGAACUUCCAUUCUUAUUGAACACUUAAGGGAACAAUUAUAUAUAAAGGUUUUUGAUUAUGAUUUUGGACUUCAAGAUGAUUUCAUGGGGUCAGCUUUUUUGGACCUGAAUUCCCUAGAACAAAAUAGGCCUAUUGAUGUUACAUUGAGUCUGAAGGACUCACAUUAUCCUGACCAAGAUCUUGGGACUAUACUGUUAACUGUGUUGCUCACCCCAAAAGAACAGCAGAGGGAAGGGACAAUGCUAAUGAGGAAGAGUUGGAAAAGAACAAGUAAGUUUCAGACCCAGAGUAUACGUCUAUCGGACUUUCACAAAAAAGCUCAGCUAUGGAGAGGAAUAGUCAGUAUCACUUUAAUUGAAGGUCGUGGACUCAAAGCCAUGGACUCAAAUGGGCUGAGUGAUCCCUAUGUGAAAUUUCGGCUGGGACAUCAGAAGUACAAGAGUAAGAUAAUGUCAAAAACUUUGAAUCCCAGGUGGAGGGAACAAUUUGACUUGCAUCUUUAUGAAGAACGAGGAGGAAUUAUUGAUAUUACAGUAUGGGACAGAGAUGCGGGCAAAAAGGAUGAUUUUAUUGGCAGGUGCCAAAUUGACCUGUCAACUCUAAGCAAAGAGCAUACUCAUAAGCUAGAGCUGCCUCUGGAAGAAGGUGAAGGGCAUCUGAUAUUGCUGGUUACAUUGACUGCUUCAGCUGCGGUCACCAUCUCUGACUUCUCAAUGAAUGUCUUAGAAGAUCCAAAGGAACAGAAAGAAAUCCUAAAAAGAUAUAACCUAAUGCAGAUGUUUCAAAACAUAAAGGAUGUGGGAUUUCUCCAGGUAAAGGUCAUCAGAGCAGAAGGUUUGAUGGCAGCUGAUGUUACAGGCAAGAACUAUUUCCAUUUUUAUGCUAAUCACAAUAUUAAAGAUAUCCACUCAGUUCUUGAAGUGACAGUUUACGAUGAAGAUCGUGAUCGGAGUGCGGACUUCCUAGGCAAAGUGGUUAUUCCAUUAUUGUAUAUUCAAAAUGGUGAACAGAAAGCCUACGUUUUGAAAAACAAGCAGCUGACAGGGCCAACAAAGGGGGUCAUCUAUCUUGAAAUGGAUGUGAUUUUUAAUGCUGUGAAAGCCAGCAUCCAAACACUAAUGCCCAAAGAACAGAAAUAUAUUGAAGAAGAAAACAGACUAUCUAAACAGCUUCUUCUAAGGAACUUUAUGCGUGUGAAACAUUGCAUCAUGGUCAUUAUAAAUGCUGCCUAUUUUAUAAAUGGUUGCUUUGAGUGGGAGUCACCACCAAGAAGUUUGGCUGCUUUUGUGCUUUUUCUUAUUGUAACAUGGAAUUUUGAGCUGUACAUGAUUCCACUGAUCUUGUUGCUGCUGUUGGUGUGGAAUUACCUCUUGGUCAUAUCAGGAAAGGAUAAUCGGCCACAUGAUACUGUAGUGGAGGACAUGUUAGAGGACGAGGAAGAAGAGGAUGACAGAGAUGACAAGGACAGUGAGAAGAAAGGGUUUAUCAAUAAACUCUAUGCCAUUCAGGAAGUGUGCAUAAGUUUUCAGAACAUCCUUGAUGAGGUGGCCUCUCUUGGAGAAAGGAUUAAAAAUAUAAUCAACUGGACUAUUCCAUUCUUAAGCUGGCUGGCCAUUGUUGCUCUGUGUGUGUUUACAGUCAUCCUGUAUUUCAUUCCACUGAGAUACAUUGUCCUUGUCUGGGGCAUCAACAAAUUUACAAAGAAACUCCGAAGUCCAUAUGCGAUUGAUAACAACGAACUACUUGAUUUUCUUUCCAGAGUCCCUUCAGAUGUGCAAAUGGUGCAAUAUCAAGAAUUGAAACAAGAGCUUUCUCACAGCCCAAGUAAGAGGAAGAAAAACAACCUUAGUUAGUCAAUUCCCUGUGCUGGACAGAUCAGCAUCUGAACAAGGAGUCACAUCAUCUGAGUAGAAAUUCUUCUCUUUCUAAUUUUCUGCUUAUUUUCUUUUGGGUAGUAUUUUUUAUUUAUUUGGUAAGCUUAAUGAGAAAUGUGUAAAUACUGUACAGAGAGAUUUAGCAGAGAAAAUAUUCUUUCCGUUGUACAGAACUACAGUGAAAGUUUGAAACUUAGCUUUUGCUCCAGCUUUAUAGAUGAGAAAAGCCACCAAUAGCAUGAAUGUGGAAUGGUACAUGACAGGCACAUACAAAGGAAUAGACAUGUUAAAUGUAAUUUAAUUCAUGCUAAUUAAUAUUAAGAAACCAAAUAACUGAUCUUUUUAACCCAAAAAGGAUGUUCACUUUAAAGUUCCAUUUUAUACAUAUCAGUGGACGUGCAGAGUAAAGCAAAUUCAUUUAUUUUAUCCAUUGCUGCUACAAAUAACCAGAUAUUAUAAGUUAACCAGAACUUGCUGGAAGUAAAUGAGUUACAUGCAACACGCAAAUGUCUUACUGGAUCUCCAAAAAUUUAAAGGAUUUCUUGGUACUUUUAUCAUUCCACUGCCAGGUUUCGGAAAAAAAAUCCUAUAUCUAAAAUUACUGCCAGAUUUAUAACUAAUUCCAUAUCUAAUUUUUAUAAAAACUUUACUCUUGAUUUGUAAUUAUUAGCCUCAUGAACAACUUGCAUAUGUUUUGUAAGCAAAAUCAGUUUUAAACACAUUGCUUCCGAUGACAGGUUAUGAAUACCUUCUGUGCACCUUGUAAUACUUUAGGUUUACAUUAUCCUAAAUUUUUAUAGGAGUCAAUGGAAACACAUUGCAGGCAGGUUUUAUUUUUUCUUUAAUUAAUUAGUCUUUUCUCCAGAAGGUUAAGUGGCCUGUUAUAUGCAAACCAUUUUCUAUAUUAUUGACUAUAUGGACGUUUAAGCUAUUGUUAUUAUAUAAUAAAUAGCUUUGUAAGAAAUAUUAAUUUGUAACCUUGGGGGGGGGGGAACGUUUCUCUUGAAUUGGUAUUAUUCCCCAGAUUUUAUUUCACUACUGUAAUGGAAAGAUAUUAACCAGUAUAUUUGCAUUAAAAUGUGGCGAAGGGGGACAUAUAUUCCAUCUAUUCAUGAAAACUGAUUUUGGAUUGUAUAUUUGUUGGUUAAGAGAUCUGUAAAUGGCUCUUGCCUAAGUAUACAGUCUGCUUGAUAGAAUACCAAACUACAGGGAAAGCUAACCCUAAACAUGUUUCUUGAAUAGUCGGGUGGUUUUGAUAUGCAUAUGUAUAAAGGAAUUUUCUAGUUGCUUAUUAUUGAUGGGCAAUAUGUAAUUCAUGAAAACAAAAACUUUUAUUGAUGUGAAUAUUGGGGAAUAGAAAAUAACUAAAGAACAUUACACUAAUUUAAAAACUUAUUGCAAAGUAUGUGAAAGGUUUUUUCCCUGUGAUGUAAUCAUUUAUUAUUAUCUAUUACCUUGUGGACAUACAUUUCCUGCACAAAAUACUUCUUUAUGCAAUUAAAUAUGAGUUUGGCUGUUCCAUGUGAACUACAUUAGAAUAAGUGUGUGUAUCUCUCUUUCUGUCCAUUCAUUUUCUGCACUUGAAUGCAGGGAUCGGUGUUAUGAGUGUUACUUUCCAUUCUUGGCUGAUUAGAAACAGCUUAACCUUAGAUCAGAGGUCCCCAACCUUUGUGGCUUGAUGGCACGGCUGGGAGGUGGGGCGGAGAAAGAGGGAAACUGUGAGCAAUGGGCUGGUGUACACAUACUGGUGACUUGAUUUGCUAAAUUGAGCUGUGCACAUGCAUGUGUACCAGCCUACCGCUCAUGCGACUCAGUUGCAAAUAAGCUACAGCCCAAUUGUGAGCCAUGGCCAGGGGUUGGGGAUUCAUGUCUUAGAUAAUUUUAGCCUGAAAACAAUUACAAGUGAUACUAGACUGCCUCCUAAAUCUUUCCACUUGGUUAAGGAAGGGUAAAGCAAUCAGCUUCACAGUCUCCCAUACUGCAUUUUAAAUCUCAAACUCCCUUUUAUAUAAAUGAAGAAAUGUGCAAAGAGAGAUAACCCACCUAAAGAAAGUCCUAAUUUUCACUUCUGUGUAUCGGAGCCUUUUACUAAGCAAUCAUUCAUCAUCAUUCAUUUAUUGGGUUUGUAUGCUGCUCACUCUCAAGAGACUGAGGGCGGCUUACAGGUAAAAAAGGAAGGGGGAUA